UAGAGAAGCCUGUAUUAAGUUCCUUUCCUACACCUGUGACAAAGGGGGAUAUGGUUAACAUGUCGUGUUCUGCAGAUGCUGUCCCAUCAGCUAUGUACACCUUUUUAAUGGAUGGUGUAGUGCAACAACCAGAGGGUUCAUCUACAUUCUUGAUUCAACCAGCAAGUCGCGACAAUGAUGGCAGUUAUCAGUGUAGUGCCAGAAACAAUGCUGGCACUAAAACAAGUGAAAGUAGAACACUGGUGGUACAUUAUAAACCUGAAUGUCAUCACCCUGAUUACAUGUAUGCUGAUCUUGGUGAAGACUUUACUGUUGCAUCAAAUUGUUCUGCUAAUCCUACUGACAUGAAUUAUCAAUGGAGCAGUGUUCCUAAUGUUACUGACUUAGAUAACGACCCAGCAACAUUCACAUUCCUGGUAUCAACAAAGGUUGGCACAAACUAUACAGUAACAGUGAUUGCUAAUAAUAGUAUUGGAUCUACAACAGAGUCAGUAAUAGUCAUUGUUGCAG